AUGGCCGCCGACGGCGAGGCCGCCGGCGCGUACCGGGAGUUCAAGGCGCUGUCCGAGGCGGCGGACCGCAAGUUCGCGCGCGCGCGGGACCUGCCGCUCUACGGCGGCGGGGACCACCACAGCCGGAAGGCGUUCAAGGCCUACACGCGGCUCUGGCGCCUGCAGCAGGACCGCCGCCGGGAGCUCGUCGCCGGCGGCCUCCGCCGCUGGGAGAUCGGCGAGGUGGCCUCCCGGAUCGGCCAGCUCUACUACGCGCGCUACCUCCGCACCGCCGAGCCGCGCUCGCUCGUCGGCGCCUACGUCUUCUACGAGGCCAUCUACAGCCGCGGCUACUUUGGCGCCGCGGUUGCGGGGGCGGACGGCGGCGGCGGCGGCAGCAGCCGGCACCAGGCACUCCUGAUCCGGUACAAGGAGCUUCGGUUCAUCGCGCGGUUCCUCGUCGUGGCCAUGCUGAUGCGGCGGCCCGAGGCGGUGGACCACCUCGCCGGACGCUUACGUGCGCUCGUCGAGGAGACGAAGGCCGCGUACCCCAAAACAAACUUCAAGGAAUGGAAGCAAGUGCUUCAAGAACUUGGCAGAUUUUUUAAGGCUGAUCGAGCAUACAAAGGAUCUAGAUCACUAAGAUAUGACAACUUGUUUGAUUCUUAUCCAUCAAACCUUGCAUCUGUUGCACGAUUCCAUUCAAAAAGGGUGCUGAAACUGAAGGAAGCUGUGCUAACAAGUUACCGCAGAAAUGAGAUCAAGUUCACAGAACUAACUUUGGAUACAUUCAGAAUGCUACAGUGUUUGGAAUGGGAGCCCACUGGGUCUUAUCAGAUUGCUGCUAAAGAACUUACAGAAAAUGGCACUGUAAGUGAUCAGAGUGGACCCUCUGGUCUGAUUGAUAUUCACCUGUCAACAGAAAUAUCUGAUGGAAGUCUUCCUUCAAAUCCUCAAAAAGCAAUCAUAUAUCAUCCUACAGCCACUCAUCUUUUAGCGGUUCUAGCAACAAUUUGCGAAGAGCUCUCUCAAGAUAGCAUUUUACUCAUCUAUAUAUCAGCGUCAGGGUCCUCUGAGCAGAGUUUUGCUAGUCAAAAGCUUGGCUCGAGCUCAUCAUCUCGUGCAAGGGUUGCUUCUGCCUUCCCCAUUGAUAAGCCAAAUUCACAUAUCUGUUCUGAUAAUCAUCUAUGGCUUGGUCCCCGUGGAAGUGGAGGUCCAAACAAUCUUUAUCCGGAAGAUCUGAUUCCAUUUACAAGAUAUCCACUGUUCCUUGUAAUUGAUAGUGAAAAUAGCCAUGCAUUCAAGGCCAUACAUAAUGCAGAGAAGGGAGAACCAGCUGCUUUAUUACUUUCUCCCAGGACAUCAUCAGCCAUGCCUGGAGUAGAAUCCACGGCUCACGGAAGCCAGUUUACAUACUUCCUCACUGCUCCAAUGCAAGCCUUCUGCCAACUAGCUGGAAUAACUUCUGACAUAGAUACCGAUACGUACGCAAAUGCAGAGAACAUACUUUUCUCUGCUUUGGAAGAAUAUGAAGGAAUCCUCUGCACUUCUGUUGGGUUAAACAAUGUCUGGGGGCAAAUUUUACCAGACCCAUUUCUCAGACGGCUGAUUCUCAGGUUUAUUUUCUGUCGAGCAGUGCUCUUCUAUUUCCACUCAGAUGAGCACGAACAUCUACCGACCUGCCUACCCAGUCUUCCAGAGUCAGUCUCUCCAAAUGCAGAAGCCAUCAGAACUCCUAUCCUUUCGCUCGCAGAAAACCUUGUCGUCAGCGAUCGGUUUAACUUCCGGGACUCCACACGCAACAAGAAAUGA